AUGAUGGAAUUUUCAGCCCCGACCGCCGCCAGUCAUCCCCUCGCGGAUGCAGAGGCAACUGACCGAGAUACCAAGCGACGCAAGUUGAAAGAAGAACCCCAAGUCCCUGAUAAUGCCAUGAUGGACACUAAUGCUAGUGCCAUGACAACUCAAGCAUCCACUGCUGAUAUGUCCAUGGAGAUUGACACUCAACCUUCCACGGCCAGCAGCAGCACCUCCAGCAAUAAUUAUGCCCAUCCAUCGUCCUCCAAUCAGUUCAACGGCAAUGCUCUAUCCGACGAAGAAUUGGUCUAUCAGGUCAUGCAAAGCGGUGCAGAGUCUUACUCAGAGGUUGUACAGUUUUGCGUCAGCCGUGGGAUUAGUGUCUCUAGGAUUCUACAAAUGGACAUCAUGAGACGGUUGUCCUAUCUGAGGGCUGGGUAG